CUACGGAAUAUCAUUCGAGCGUACCCGUGUGUAUUUUGCCAUGCAUAAUAACACAACGGGCAUAUUUUAUUAUACUUUAUUCCAUUGUCCAUUAUCAAUCCGAAAUCCGAUCGUGAUCGGUGAUAUCACGUCCGUGUGUGCGAAUAUCCCAAGCUCGUUGUCGGUGCUCGGUUGUUAAAGUGCGCUAUCCGUGCUCGUGUAAGUUUGUGCGUGCCGUGUGUAUUUGAUCCGCCUGUUUAAAGUGGUCAAUGGAGCUCCAUUUUGUUUUCGAAACGUCCAAAGUGUUGUAAAGUUGCGGUUUAAUAAUAAUAAUAAAAAAAAAAGCAGCUCUUCGCCUUGAGCCUUCGAGUAUUUGAUGAGAGACUCGCGACGUCGAUAACAGCUAUAUUAUUUUAUCAUUUAGCGGUGUGCGUAGAUAUAUAGUCAGCAUUUCCCGGCACACGCACUAGAUUAUACAUUUUUUUUUUUUAUGAAAUAUUGGGAAUCCUUACACGUGCCUAGUUUAAUUAAUAAUAACUGUACAGUUUUCGAAGCGGCAACAAUGACGAACAACAUAACUGCACCGCUGCUGAAAAUCGUUUUCCCAAGACGUUUGUGUUGACAAUUUUCCGACACCGAGGCAACCGAAUAAAAGUACUGGUGUUCGUUUCCAAGUCAUUGCAUUGUAAAUAAAAGAAAAUGGGCCGAUACAGUGGGAAAAAAUGUCGUCUUAUUACUAUGUUUUGGUUAACAACAUUCUUUUUCUUAGUAGAAAUUAUUGUUGGAUAUAUCACAAACUCCAUGGCACUUGUUGCAGACAGUUUUCACAUGCUUAGUGAUAUUGCAGCUUUGGUAGUUGCAUACUUAUCAGUUAAAAUGUCACCAAAAAAGUGGUCAAAAAAUACAUUUGGAUGGGCUAGAGCUGAAGUGCUUGGAGCUUUAGUCAAUGCCGUGUUUCUAGUCGCUCUAUGUUUUUCGAUUACUGUUGAAGCAUGUAAAAGAUUCAUAGAAGUCGAGACUAUACACAAUCCAAAAUUUAUUGUUGUUGUCGGAAUUUUAGGAUUAUUUGUUAACAUUUUAGGGUUAUUUUUAUUCCAUGCUCAUGGAGGAGGUGGUCAUGGCCAUUCUCAUGGAGGUAUAUCACGUAGUCAUACAAGACUUACACAAUUGGUGAGUGCUGGAGCAAGUGCCAAUGCUACAGAUGAUAAUGAUAAUGACCAUCGUUUUAAUGAUGUACCUACAAUACAUUCCCAUGAAGCAGGUCAUAUGAACAUGAGAGGAGUGUUCUUGCAUCUCCUUGCUGAUGCACUGGGUUCAGUCAUAGUUGUUAUUUCAGCAUUGAUUGUAUGGCUAACCGACUGGAAAUUUCGUGACUAUGUCGACCCAGCCCUUAGCUUGUUGAUGGUGAUAAUUAUUUUGCAUUCAGUUUGGCCACUGUUACAAGAAUCAGCAUUAAUAUUGCUUCAAACUGUCCCUACUCAUAUUCAAGUAGACGCUAUACAAAGGCGUUUAUUGGACAGAGUGGAUGGCGUUUUAGCUGUACACGAAUUUCACGUGUGGCAGUUGGCUGGAGAUAGAAUUAUAGCAUCUGCCCAUAUAAGGUGUAGAAACUUGUCAGAAUACAUGAAAUUAGCAGAAAAAGUAAAAGAAUUCUUCCAUAAUGAAGGCAUACACUCUACUACUAUUCAACCUGAAUUUGUAGAAGUUGAGGUAACUGAAAAUAAAGAUGAAAACCAAACACCAACAGAAGACUGCGUGUUGGAUUGUCCUAAAACAGACAUACCAUGUCAACUACAAACUUGUUGUGGUCCAUCAAAACAGGGUCGUGACACUCCUUCUCCAGUUGAUACGCCAUACAUGUGUAGGCAACGAAACACUGCAAUGACAGCUACUGAUAGCACACAAGUAGGCAGUUCUCAAGAAUGUGAAAUGGAGAGUGGAGCACUUUUAGGUGUUAGAACUAAUAAUAGCUUACGGACGUCAGGAGGCUAUCUCUCCGGUGUAUAGUAUUUUUAAACAAUUUUUUUUUUUAUUACAUGUACACAUGGUUUAAUAUUUUAUCAAUGACUAUUGGUGUAUAACAAAUAAAACAAGUUAAUUUUGCUAUAAAUGUAUAGCAAUCAAAUUAAUUGCAUUAAAAUAAUCAUCUUCCUAAAUUUCUUGUUUAGGAAUAAUUUAAAUAAAAAAAACCUUUUAUUUAUCAAAUUAAUAGUUCUUGAAUAUUAAAUAACAGCAACAAAUUUAGGUUCAUACACUUAAGUAAAUACACGUUUUGUUAACAUUAAACAUUUAUAUUUCAAACUAAACCGUUGAUUUAGUUGUGGUUGCCUUCAUAAUUUUAACAAUCAGAUUUUAUAAUAUAUUAGUAAAAUAAGGAAAACACAAAUAGUCAAAACUUGAUAAUGUUCAAGUAUAAGCUUACUAUAGAUCUGUACGACUAAGUAUUGGUAAAAAAAAACUAACAAAUUUUUAAAAGAAAUUCACUAUAGUUGUUAUACAUAUACAUAUAUAUACAAUUCAGUGUGAUUAUUUUAUCGUGAGACACCAAUUUUUAAAACUACACAAUAUUUAAUUUUUGUUUAAAAUACAUUUUUCUUAUGUUCUCCUUGUCUUGUGUGAAAAUUAUAUAAAUAUUUUGUUUCAAUUAAUGUAGUCAAGUGUUUGUAAUAAUUGUUAAAUUAACUAAUAGCUGUUGAUUUAAAAUUUUUGUUUAGUAGAGAAGAGGAAAAUGUUGCUCUUCUCAAUAAAUAUAAAAUUCAUUUUCCUCUAAAAAUCGGUGGUGUGUGUGUUUUUCAUUACAUAAAAAAUGUAUUUGCAUAACACAACAUAAACUCAAAAAUUAAAGCAUUUUUUUAAUAAAUGAUACAGUUAUUAAAACACAUGACUGAUAUGCAAGUUUAAUUUUUAAAUUAUUUAUUUUAAUUCUAGUGCAUUAUUUUAUAUUAGGCAUGUAAUAAAAAUAAAAAUACAUUUUAAAUAAUGUAUCACUUGAGUAAUGCCUACCUAACAAAAGUCUUAUAAGAACAUUUGCCAAAUCAUUACAAACGUGUUUUAU